AUGGCCGAGACUGUAGAGAAUACCGCCGUCAGCAUUUCGGGCUCUCAGUUUCUCAGAGAAAUCAGCAAAUUGAGACUGGCAGAAGAAGAGUUGAUCAUUUAUCAGAACCAGUACCUCUAUUGUGAGGAACACCUCAAAAAACAGAUGAAGGGAUAUCGUAAUAGAGCUAGUUCGGCUGUUUUAUCAGCGCAGGUGGCUGUUCGAAAUAAAGUCCUGCGCGGCAUGAGAGGAGAGGAUCCGCCAGAAGUAAAUCCUCCCCUAAGACUCCCAGGAUCAUACGGGGUAGCAACACCUUACUCCAGAUUCGAAGAGGUGUUGAAAUCCUUGACUACCGAUCCAAAUGCGCCCCUGCCAUCCUUGGAAUCGGACACAUCUAUCUCUGGAGGUCGUUCCCAGUUCAGUCACACUCCGGCAAGGCGUCAAACAACUGCUCUCGCCGAAGAACUGGAUUGUAUCCUUGUUCGGUCGACCAUCAGUCCGCAGUCAGACCUUAUCCAGCCGGCCAUCGCUACUCAACCAAAGAGCUAUGCCCCGCUGGCGAGUACUGAGAAACCGGAGAUUUUCAUUCCCGCUCAGCAUCAUCCUCAGCACGCUCAUCAUCAACACGUUUAUCAUCAGCACGGCAAUCCUCAGUACGCUCAUCAUCAGCACGCUUCGGAAGUCGAGGAGGUUCCCGCCCGAGACAUAGGCAUGCCUUCUGAUUUACAAUAUCAUAAGCGGAGACGAGAGAGCGAUUUGACCCUGGAAUCCGUGGCGGGUCCCAGCAAGGUCCCCCGCAAGGAGAACCAUGUAAAUACCCUUUAUUAUUCUCGUUUCAACGUCUAG